GCCGCAACAAGCCAUGGUGCCUUGCCCUGAACCGCCGUGUGUUCUCUGUUCCUUGGGAUGUUUCGCGCGGAGAGAUCAAUUGAACUCCAAGAGAUGUGACUGCUCACAAAACACGACGUUGGUGAUAUCUACCGUACUUGUUCGAUAUGUUCUCGAGGAAUAGUUCCCGAGCGGUACGCCAGCAAUGGCGCCUGUAUAGAGGACUCGGAGGAGUAACUCGACCUGCAACAACAGUCCGCGCAUCCCGCUCUCCUCUCUCUCUGACUUCUCCGGUCUCUCCGCAUUCUUCACUUCCGACAUCAAUAUCCCGGGCAUUCCAUGCAUCGAGGCCACUCCUCGCGAUCAAGCCAGUAUUGCUCGCCGACAUUGGAGAAGGUAUCGUCGAAUGCGAGAUCAUCCAAUGGUUCGUCGAGCCGGGGGCGCGCGUCGAGGAGUUCUCGCCGCUGUGCGAAGUCCAGAGCGACAAGGCUUCGGUUGAGAUCACCAGCCGUUUUGCGGGCGUUGUUAAGAAACUACAUUAUGAUGCUGGCGAGAUGGCCAAGGUUGGCAAGCCAUUUGUGGACAUCGACAUCGAGGGGGAUGUAAAGGGGGAAGACCUCGGGGCAAUGGUGCCGCCCGAGACUCCCCAGAAAGAGGCGGAAACAAAGCCCACUCAGGCACCGAUCCGCUCUCCAGCUGAGGAGACGGCAGGAGCCCAGGUCGCCGUGUUGGCCGAGCAGGAGACGGAGAGUGUACCCAAAGUCAAGGGGAAGCAUGCCGCUCUCGCGACGCCCGCGGUAAGGCACCUAUCCAAGGAGAUGAAGGUGGACAUUUCAGAGAUAGACGGCACGGGCAGGGAUGGCCGCGUGCUCAAAGAGGACAUUUACAAGUUCGUCGAGGGGAGGAACGCGGCACCCCCUCAAGCACCCUCUACACAACCUACCCCGACCGCGCCCGCGACCGGGUCCUUCACAUCACCAGACGCCUCCACCGCCGGGCCGCAGCAAGAAACACCGGUGGCGCUCACGAGGACGCAAGAGAUGAUGUUCAAGACCAUGACGCGCUCCCUCAGCAUCCCCCACUUCCUCUACGCCGACGAGGUCGACUUCACCUCGCUGGUCGAGCUCCGCGGGCGCCUGAACCGGGUCCUCGCCAAGUCUGGCCUGAGCGACAGCCAGGUCGGCAAGCUCUCCUACCUCCCCUUCAUCAUCAAAGCGGUAUCCAUGGCGCUCUACAAAUACCCAACCCUCAACGCGCGCGUCGACGCCGACAGCGCCAGCGCCAGCGCCAGCGGCAAGCCCAGCCUCGUACUGCGCAGCCAGCACAACAUCGGCGUAGCGAUGGACACACCGUCAGGCCUGCUCGUGCCCGUGGUCAAGAACGUGGGCGGGCUCAACAUCCUGGGCAUCGCGGCGGAGCUGGCGCGGCUGCAGGGGCUGGCGGUGGCGGGCCGGCUGGCGCCGCCCGACAUGGCCGGCGGCACCAUCACCGUCAGCAACAUCGGCAGCAUCGGCGGCACCUACCUGUCGCCCGUCGUCGUCGAGCGCGAGGUCGCCAUCCUCGGCGUCGGCCGCAUGCGCACCGUCCCGGCUUUUUCUGCUGUGCCAGGCGAGGAGGACCGCGUGGUGAAGCGCCAGGUCUGCAAUUUCAGCUGGAGCGCCGAUCACCGUGUCGUUGAUGGCGCGACUAUGGCCCGCGCUGCGGAGGUUGUCAGGGCUCUUGUUGAGGAGCCCGAUGUCAUGGUUAUGCACCUGCGGUAAUGUGGCGAGAGGUGGUGGUGUUUGCCGGUUUUGGG